AUGAAGUGCAAAGGGUCUGCAGCCUAUUCAGUCAAUGACUCUCCCCAGGCAAGGUCUGCUAGCAAAGGCUGCACGCCCUCUCCCCACCCCUCCCCGUCCACGCCUGCAUUUGCAGAGGAGAUUUCUGCUCAGCCGCAGAUCGGACCAGAUGCCCCCCUGAGGUCCUUUUUCACUGAAAUGAGGGACUGGGGGAGGGAUACAGUCUGUGCCCUUGAGGGGCUCCGCAAAGGCGAUAGAUGUAUUAACAGUUAUGAUACAAAGCCAAAGAAAGGCGGAACCCUGGCGCGGUGGCCCCGGACGUUGCGUGCCGGGGGGGGACGUCUUUACUCGGUGCACCGCGCGGUGCCCUUCACCUCAGCCAAAGGAGGCGGUGGCGGCGGUGUAGGCAAGAUGAGUGUGAGGCCCAAUUCCAUUCCGUUGCAGUUCCUGCCCGAUGAGGCUCGGAGCCUGCCUCCGCCGAAGCUGACGGAUCCGCGGGUCCUCUACUCUGGCUUCAUGGGCUACUGCGCUGCACUGCUGGAUAACCUGCUGCACCGCCGGCCGGUGGUGUCUGCUGGUGUGCAUCGCCAGCUUCUGUAUGUCACUUCAUUCUAUUUUGUGGGAUAUUACCUUAUUAAACGUCAAGACUUUAAGUAUGCUCAAAGGGACCGUGAUAUGUUUAAGUAUAUGGAAUUGCAUCCAGAAGAUUUCAUAGAAAAAGAAAAGAAAACUUAUGCUGAAAUCUUUGAAGAAUUUUAUCCAGUUCGCUGAAACUUCUCACACUGCCUGCUUUUCCUUCUUUCCCAGGAGCUUUUGUUGAUGAACUCAACGGGAUCUAUUUGUAAUAUAUCUCAAAUUCACAUGUAAUGAAAAAAUUACGGUCUUAUAAUUAAACGAGUGACAUGAA